AUGUCACAAACGUCAUCAGCAAUGUCAUUAUGUUCUGAGAAGUUAACACUUUGGAUUCUUGUCGAAGGCAGUCCAAGACCUAUGAAAUUCCCUGUUGAAUGGAAUACUUCACCACCAGACUUGGACGAUCUUGCACACAAACUUUGUAAAGAAAAAAAAACCUUCGAAAAUGUUGAUCCAGAAUCCCUUGAAUUCUUUAACCAUGAUGACAGAAUCAACCCUCUUCGAGCAGGUACUCUUGUCACGAAUUUGAGCACAACUGAUGCAAGUCCUUUGGUUAUACGUUACCCAUUCUCUAACUCUGAAGAAGAUGGAAAGAAAAGUAGUAAAGAACAGGUUGAAAAUGAGUUUGCAUUCAAUAAGGUAGUGGAGGACAUUAAACUGAAUGAAAGUGGUAAAUGUGAGAUCAGUCUUUCAAUUCAAAUUCAAGGAAAGAAGGCAUAUGGAGAAUGGGAAGUAAGUGAAGUUUUUGAGAAGUUCCUGCAUAAGAGUGGAUCAUCAGUAGGUGACAUCAAUCAGUUUGACAUAGAAAAAUUUACACAACCAGACCCAGAAAUUUCUGAUGAUAUAGUUAAUUCCUUUAUUGCUGUUGAACAUGUCCAGUUAAAAGAAAGUAAGCUUUGUCUCAAGAGUGAAGAGUGGCUUGAUGGAAGUCAUGGUUUUGGUCCUGUUGACUAUUCUGUAGAUCUUGAGGAAUUUGUUUUAUUGGUCUGUGAAGCUAAAAAAAAGGAUUUUGAGAAAGAAAAUAAACAAAAACAAAAGAUAGAUGAGACAGAUAUGGAACCUGAACCUCAAGUACAAAUAUAUGGUAUUGUGACAAAUGCAUUAAAAUGGUAUUUUCUUAAAUGGAUUAGAUCCCCAGAGAAUCCUCAAUUAGAAGCAUCUGGACCUCGUUUUUGUAAGUUUGAUAUGACAGAUGCAAAGAAAAUAGCUAAUUAUAUUGCCUCUAUCCUGCAAAUGCAAGUUAGUGGUCUGGAGGUUAUCAAAUUUACAAUCAAAGAAAAGAAUUUGAGAAGAGAAUUGAAGGACUUGGAAGAUUUAAAAGAAUUAUCAGGCAGAACAAAGAAGGAAUUAAAUAAAGUUGUCUUUGAAGUCAUUGAGAAAUUAGAACAAAGUGCUAAAGACUUAGCUGAAGCAAUAAAUACAGCUGAAGCAUGA